GUUUCCCCUGGGGGGGGAGGGGGGCUGGAAUUUAAUGUUGCAUUUUGUAUCCCUCUCCACCUGAGAGAGAGGCACGCACACCAACCACCAGGAAGAAGAGAAGGCGAAAGGAAGAAAGGAGGAGAGGUGAUCAGAGGGAGAGAGAGAGAGACCAUGUCAGGGCGGCCCAGAACCACCUCCUUUGCAGAGAGCUGCAAACCAGUGCAGCAGCCUUCAGCAUUUGGCAGCAUGAAAGUUAGCAGAGAUAAAGAUGGCAGCAAAGUGACUACGGUGGUGGCAACUCCUGGACAGGGUCCGGAUCGACCACAAGAAGUUAGCUAUACAGACACCAAAGUGAUUGGAAACGGAUCUUUUGGUGUUGUGUAUCAAGCCAAACUCUGCGAUUCAGGCGAGCUUGUGGCCAUUAAGAAAGUUCUUCAGGACAAAAGAUUUAAGAACCGAGAGCUCCAGAUCAUGAGAAAGUUGGAUCACUGUAACAUUGUCCGAUUGCGAUACUUCUUCUACUCUAGCGGAGAGAAGAAAGACGAGGUGUACCUCAACUUGGUGCUGGACUACGUUCCUGAAACAGUAUACAGAGUUGCCAGACAUUAUAGUCGGGCCAAACAGACACUCCCUAUGAUCUAUGUCAAGUUGUACAUGUAUCAGCUGUUCCGGAGUUUAGCCUAUAUCCAUUCCUUUGGAAUCUGCCAUCGGGAUAUAAAACCACAGAACCUCUUGCUGGACCCUGAUACAGCUGUCCUAAAACUCUGUGACUUUGGAAGUGCAAAGCAGCUGGUUCGCGGAGAGCCUAAUGUCUCUUACAUCUGCUCUCGGUACUACAGGGCACCAGAGUUGAUCUUUGGAGCCACCGAUUAUACCUCCAGUAUAGAUGUGUGGUCAGCAGGCUGUGUAUUGGCUGAACUGUUACUUGGACAACCAAUCUUUCCAGGCGACAGUGGUGUGGAUCAGUUGGUGGAAAUAAUCAAGGUCCUGGGAACGCCUACAAGGGAACAAAUUAGAGAAAUGAAUCCAAACUACACUGAAUUCAAAUUCCCUCAGAUUAAGGCACAUCCAUGGACUAAGGACUCGUCAGGAACAGGACAUUUCACCUCAGGAGUGCGGGUCUUCCGACCCCGCACUCCACCAGAAGCAAUCGCGCUCUGUAGCCGUCUGCUGGAGUACACCCCCACUGCCCGCCUGACUCCCCUGGAAGCAUGUGCGCACUCUUUCUUCGAUGAACUACGGGACCCAAAUGUCAAACUACCCAAUGGGCGAGAGAAACCUGCUCUCUUCAACUUCACCACUCAAGAACUGUCAAGUAACCCAUCUUUGGCUUCGAUCCUCAUCCCUGCUCAUGCUCGGAAUCAAGCAGCUGCUUCAACCCCUACAAAUGCUACAGCAGCCUCAGAUGUUAAUGCAGGAGAGCGAGGUCAGACCAAUAACGCAGCUUCAGCAUCAGCCUCCAACUCCACCUGAAGUGGUCCCACGCAAGCCAGCUGCACAGGAAAAAUCACCAGUAAUUUGAGUCUUGCUCAGCAACACUGGUCACAUUUGGAAAGAAAAUUAAAAAGAGGAAAAAAACAAAACAAAACAAAACCCUGUUCAUUUUAGUGUUCAAUUUUUUUAUUAUUAUUAUUGUUCUUAUUUAACCUUGUAAAAUAUCUAUAAAUACAAACCAGUUUCAUUGUAUUCGCACUCUGCGGGGUCUCCAGGGCAAGGGAAUAGGUGGGGGGGAGAAGGGAAAGUGGAGCAAUAGAACACAUCAAUGUCUCUUCCCUUGACAAUCUCUUCGUAUGGAAAGUUUGCUGUUGUGUACUUCAGAACCAGGACUCUUGCCUCAUGCCCCCUCCCACAACAGAAAGAAGGAAAAAAACCUCAUUCUCUGCUGACGUGUUUUUUUUUUUUUUUAUAACCUCUUUUUUUAUUUUCUUUUUAAGUGAAGUUUCAGACUUUGGUGUAGUGCACAGCUUGAAUUUGGUUGGGAGCUUAGCCGGGAUCAUUCAACAGAGCUAAGUGUGUCUUGUAAGUGAAUCCAUAUCUAGGCUAUCAGAAGAACUGCCUUUGGCAUGGUCUGG